GGGUGGGAGGGUUGGAGAGAGAGAGAGGGAGAGAGAGAGAGGUUCGACAAGCGGGUGGGUGCUGUGAAAUCUGUUAACAGGGGAGCUCUGUGCAUUUGUUAGACGUCUUGGCUGCUUGCCCAACUUGGUUCAUUGUAAUCGAGGCAUGAUCGUCGACUCCAGGCAGCCCUCUCUGCCGCCUCGGCUGCGUUGCGCCUGGACCCAGCCCAGCUCUCACCGCUGACAUGGAAAGACCCACCCCCAGUGACAUGAUGCCCAAGAGGGAUCAUGAGAGGGACUUGGAGCUGGACAAGAAGAUCGAGGCUCUCCGCAGAAAGAAUGAAGCACUCAUGAAGAGGUACAAGGAGGUGGAGGAGGACAAGAAAAGGGCAGAGGAGGAAGGAAUGGCACUGCAGAGCCGCAAGGGCAAAGCUGAUGAUCUUACCAUCACGAUCAGCAAGUCCACCAGUCAGGAUAGUCGUGUGGUGGUGACGAAGCCAUUCAGCGGUGGUUCACCAGCUGGGAAAGGACAGCAGGAGGCUGGGCCUGACAAGGGGGGAGAGGGCCCUUCGCAGGGCACUGGUCGAGGCCACAGGAAGCAGUUAAUGGUCACCAUGGCAGGCAAAAAGGGUAAGAGGGUGGUGAGUGAGAGGCCAGAGAAGAGGCCGAGCCCUGCGGACGCCAAGAGCCCUACAGAUGACGGACAGGCGAGGCGCGUGGAGUCGGCUGGGAGGGGGAAGCAGCCACUUCAUACAACCAAGAGAAACACAGCAGCACAGGCUCAUUAUGCUGCCAAAGAGACGGGCCUGGAAAGGUGCCAGGAAAGGGUCAGAGAGGGAGAGGAAGAAAGUGUGAGGAGAGAGAAGAAAAGAAGCAAGGAUGAGGCUAAACAGGGGCAGAAGCACACCGAGGAGCAUCACAGGCUUUCAGACCAAUGCCAGGAGCCUGAGAGCCCACACGCCAGCACAGACCUCAACAUCCCCACAUUGAAAGAAGAGCAGGAGGAGUAUCUGCGGUGGAAGAAAGAGCGCGAGCAGAUUGACAGGGAGAGAGUGGCACGCCAUAAAAACGCAAAGGGCCAGUGGAGAAGGGCGUGGGACAUGGACAAAACCGAGAACAUGUUUUCAGACAAAUCCCUGCCUGACAGAGACUGGGGGCCUUCUAACAGAGGAGGGCGAAAUGCUAGAAGAGGACAACCCAGGGUAAAUAUGGACUCAAGAGGUCAUGAGAAGCGAGGAAAAGACAAGGGAGCUAAAAAUGUGCUAGUGAUGAGCAGUAAAGCAAAAGGCAAAGAUCGUCUGACUGGGAGGGCCAGGAGAUGGCAGGCAAAUGAAGAAGGAGACAACCUACAGACGUCUGAUACAACAUUGGAGGAAUUCUUGGAGGAACUUGACGCCCUCACAGAUGCUGAAGUAGAAGAUCAGGACUCAAAAAUGAAGCUGUCAUGCAGCCCAGAUUCGCUAAGUACGCCUGAGGAAGUGAGCGGAUCCACAGCUCCAGUGUUAGAGGAGGACACCUCCACUCAGGGGCGGGCAGAGGCCUCGUCCCCUCGAAGUUUGGAGAAGAAAGUGCGCUUUUCAGAGGAACUCAUCCUAGGAGCGCAUACGAGGCAAAUCACAGGCUCUCGGGACUCUGCCAGCUCAGAAUCAAAAAGUCAGAGCUCCUUGAAAGCUUCCUCACCUAAAAAGAACCAACAGGAGGUGCAAGGGCCACAGCAGCCUCUUGAAAGCUCCAAGCAGGAUGAUGGUAGUCCUCAGGAUCAGGGAGGUGGUCCGUGUGCUCCUCCUGUUGCCCAGCAGCAGGCUUCUGAAACUGAAUGUACUAAAAACGACAGUAACCCCCCCACAGCUCCCAGCUCCCCCCCUGCUGAAAAAGCCUGUGCCUCUCUACAGGAGGGCUCUGUCCAGCCUGUAGAGCUCGCCAAGUGCAGCAUCAGCAACACAAACACAGAGGAGCUAAGAGACUCCGGUCUGUCUGUCCUGAGCCUGGAGUCAGGAGAAACACACCCAACACACUCCACCAGCAGUGACAAGGCAAGAGAGCAUGGGAAGAUUGUCUGACAUUUUCGGGAUGUAAAUACUGAAACCAAAACGCAGCGACACAGAGCCUUGUAUUUGGAUGCAUCAUUUCACUUCAGGUAGCUCUUUUGAGAUACCACGUUUAUGGCUUACACACAAAAAAAAAAAAAAUACCAUGGCUUAAUUUUGCUGUGGCGUGUCCCACCCCUCGAAGUUUUCAAAUAUCUCAGAAUUUGGCAUAGGAACAGUGAACCUUUUCCCUGCUCAAAUAUUUUUACAUCCAAGCACUUUAUGAGUAUUGAAGUAUGUGUACUGACACAUUACGCAGUAUGUUAGUAUGCUGCUUGAGUGCAAUAUCACUGAAUGUUUACAUUUGUAUGGAAAUUUUCGAGGUACAUAUCAGGAGGCUAGCUAAUCGGUUUAACUUAGGUAGCCCUUGACAAUAAACUUCAGCCACAGUCAUAUUAUCUAGUGCCUGAUUCUGCCUUAGAGGUAUUUUCAGUAAUGGAAUGAAGUCUGUAUUAUCUGAUGAUACAGUAAUGGCAGACCCACAGUAGAGUAGAGUCUGUAUUUCUACACUCAGAUCUGUGUGAGUAGACAUUAUUUGUUAACUGCUUCCAGCAUCAGUCAAUGGCCUUUUGCGAAUUAGAAAUCAAUAUAUUAUUAUUUAAAGGGCACAUUUGAGAUUUAUUGUCUUAUUGGCCACUGACUGUAACAAUGUUAAGUUUCUGAAAUAUCUACUGACAUAAAUGUUUUUCUUAUUAAGAAAAUUUAAAGGGGCACUCCACUGAUUUCACUCUUCAAGCUCAGAUUUCUCCUCAUGGCUAGUAGAAGUUGUAUGAUGUCUUCUGUGGCUCCAGAGGAGCUUCGUCCAGUCUGAGAAAAUAACCCUGAAGAUGUUUUAGUGCUAUCACAGAGUUUAUCUCAGUUUUAAAAUCACAAAUUUACACAGAAAGCCUGUGUUACAAACUGUGGGCGGUGUUUUGCAGGCAGAGAUGAUCUAACAAAGAAAUGCUAUCAAGUUGCAUUAUGGGAAUCUUUGUAUUCAAUUUUUUUUUGGAGCUUGACUCAUACAAGGGACUAAAAAUCAGGAUGUCUUGGCCUCUGCGGCACAGACACUUUUCUGUCCUCCUCCUAAGUCCUCCAAGUUAAUGAAAGUGCAUAUCUAAGUCACUGGAGUGUCCUUUUUAAUGUUAAGCUAAAGGUCAGCUAAUAGCAUAAUCCAUAUUACAAGCCUAAGAACAUUUGGCUGUUCUACAAUUUAUCAUCCCAAGUGAUCAAUGACACUGUCAAACUAAAAUCUCAAACUUGCCUUUAACUCAUUGCUGUUGUAUUCUCUGAUAUUGGCAAAUUUUUACAGCUGAAUCCCAAUUCUCUGGUCUUCCUGUGACUCUUGUUUUAUGUUUUAGGCACUUAAUAUUGAACUGUCAUGUAUGUCUAAUUUUACAAGACACAAACUGUGGUCAGCAGAGACAUGAAAGUCAAGGUUUUGAAUCAAAGACUAAUUUGGGACCUAAAAUAUGUUUUUCUUUUUUAAUAGUUUGCUCAAGUUGUUUUUAAACAGCCAGUGUUAAGAGUGCAGAAGGGUGGAACAGUCUCCAUCCUUUUUCUCUGCUGAGUUUUUUUUUUUUUUUUUCUUUUUUUUUACCCUGUGGGACAGGCAGAUUUGAGCUGCUGAAAAUACACCAUCCAGGUCCACAAGGAUCCAACCUUUAGUUCAUAGUCAAAACAGUGGGAUUCAGCUGUAACUCCCUUUUGGCAUUGUUUUGUCAACUGCUCUCUUUUAUAAUCAUGAAAGACAACUAAUAUUUUUUAAAAAGCUUCCUCACUAAGAAUGUAGUCUGUUGUUGUGCCUUGCAAAUUGGCUUCUUCAAAUGCUGAAGGUGUACCUUUAUUUCAUGGUUUGUAUCAUAACUCACUGUAGUGUUAAAUGUACUGUACUAACAGUGCAGCAUCAGUAUUGAUUUUAUUUAUUUGCCUCUCCAAUGGACAACAGAAUGUUACCUAGAAUGAUUUUGCAAAUCUAAAACUGUACAACAAUGUUUAUGUGCAUUAUAGUAGCUGGGGGUUUUUUUCCUCUGUGACAUUUAUGGAUUUGUUUUUAUUUAUUGCCAGUCUGUUGUUGUAUUUUUGGUAUCAGUGACAACUAUAAUAAGAAGCCUUACAAGAACUCUGUCCUCAACGAAGUUUUUGGCUUUCGUCAAUGCUACAGUAUAGUAAUCAGUUAUGUAACCCUAAGCAGAGAACAUAGUUGGACGUGCUCUGAGCUGCAGGGCCCUGUCAGCCUCAACGCUGGUUACAUAAAAUACAAAUAAUCAGGAAUCUUGUAGAAGCACACUGGGAAAACAAAGAAACAAGUCAAAAUGUUUAAGGCCAGUCCAGCAUCAAGAAGAAAAAUGAGCUGUUUUUGAGUCGGGGCCUUAUUCUGUACUAUAUACUUAACUUGAAUGAGUGUUAAAAGAAACUUGUUUAAAAAGCAGAUCAUACAGAUUACCUCUGAAAUAUUUAAAAUUCCCUGUGGGAUUCUGUUUAGUGAGAGGAAACUUAGGACCUACAAACCAUAGAGCAGUUUGUCCUUGUUUGUCACUUGUUCAUUUAGUUUUCAGGCAUCUGCAUUUUCACCUCACUGAAGUGACAAAUGUGAGAUGUGGUUGUGAUAGUUUCUCGCUCCACCUGGGUACCAACUGCUGUCCUCCGUGUUUUCACAAACACUCAUAAGGAAGGAAUAAAUGUCUGUGUGCCUGUGUGUGAAUGUGUGAUCCCAGCUUUUUACUGUUCGGAGUGCUCAUUUUAACUCUAAAUCUGUGUGCAACAUAGCUUCAUUUACUGUAGAACAAUUUGGAAGGAAGGAGGCAUACAGGACAUCAAUAAAGUUUUUUUCUGUAUUUCAAAGUCUCUAAUCAUGACUGGCAUUAUUUUGCUGCACUGUCAACCUCUCUUACCCUCUCCCUCAUCACCUAGCCAACUGUAAUAACACCACAGAUG